CUGCUUCUCCAUUUCAGCUGAAUCCUCUCUGGAAAUCGUUGAUAAGCCGAAGCUGCCGCGACUGCGAGAGAUCGGAGAUGGCGACAAGCCCAGUUCAGCGACUGUCGAGGGGCGCCUAUGCGCUGCGCUCCGCCCUGUCGAGGCCUUUCUCCGCCGACGCGCUGGUGGAGAUCAAGCCCGGUGAGAUCGGCAUGGUCUCCGGAAUCCCCGACGAACAUCUUAAAAGAAGGGUUAUGAUAUACUCACCUGCUAGAACUGCUUCCCAACAAGGAUCUGGAAAAGUUGGAAAGUGGAAAAUCAAUUUCUUGUCGACACAGAAGUGGGAGAAUCCUUUGAUGGGUUGGACAUCUACAGGAGAUCCAUAUGCAAAUGUUGGUGAUGCUGCGCUUUGUUUUGAUAGUGAAGCCGCUGCUAAAGAUUUUGCUGAGAGACAUGGUUGGGAAUAUGUGGUUAAGAAACGGCACACGCCGCUCCUUAAGCCGAAGGCAUAUGCUGACAACUUCAAGUGGAAGGGCCCAGUGCAGUCUGGAAACUAAAUAUGUUCUUCACCAUUGGGUUUUCCAUCUUAAAUGGAGAUUUUCCGUGCCGAGUUGAUGUUCUUUUUUGUUUGGAGAUAUCACUUGUCCUAGGAAACUCUUACGCUGACAAUAAAAGGGAAGGAUGUGUUAAAUGUGUUUGGAUCUAAAGCUUAGGACCAAAAUUGUGGAUCCAAGCGACUCUCACUAUCUUCAACCUCGAAUAGGAUAAUUUGCCCGAUGUGCCAUAAAUUCCGAUGAAUAAACUCUGUGCAUUUUCUUUGGAUAUGAAAAUGUGGGUUGAGCUGAGCCCUGCGAUGUGUAUCUCUUCAAUGAAGUGGAAUUCUGUGAGUGCA